AUGGAAUCUGCAACUAUCAUGAAGAUUCUUCUUCUUCUUCAUAUGCUUCUAGCUUUUGCCGUUCAUGAUGCUGAUUCUGCUCUUCCUCAUUCAUCUCUUUGUUAUUCUCCAUCUCUAUCUCCUUCCCCUCACGAUUCUCCAUCACCAAUCCCGGUGCCAGAAGUUUCCCCGCCGUCUCCUACUACACUGCCGCCCCCACCCGCCGUUGAUACUCCCGCACCAUCUCCUUCCAUAGAUGAACCAGUGCCGGUGCCAGAAGUUUCUCCACCAUCUCCCACGACACUGCCACCCCCGCCACCAGCUCCUCUUCUUCCACAACCACCACCUAUUCCUCAGAUUCCUCCUCCAGAGGAUGAUCCCAUUGCGCCACCUCCAUUGUCCUGCGAGGACCAAUGUAUGCUGAAAUGUGCAGAGAAAAAAGGAUUUCGUCGAUUGUUCUGCAUUGGCAAGUGCUUGGCCAUGUGCCAGAUAUUUCCGCCGGCCAAUCAUGCCGGUUAUCAGUGUACUCGAGACUGUGUUAUGAACAACCUGCACCAUCAACAAGGUUCUGAUGAGAUCAAAUUGUGUGUUUUCGCAGAUAUUAAGAGUAUAGACGGCUUGGUGAACAAUUGUUACAAUAACUGCUCUAAAAAUGUCUAA